CUAGCUAUAAGUUUACUUACAAAUAUUGCACAUAUAAGAUGUGGUGCUCAUACUAUUCAGCUUGCAGUUAAAAAAGGACUUGAUUGUAUUGAAGAAACUUUACUUUAUAGGACUUUAGAACUUAACAAAUAG